AGGAAUCUGAAGGAGGCAGUGAGCGAGGCGCAGUUGAAGGAAAUGUUUGCGACGCAUGGAGAGGUGGAUCAUGUGAAGAAGAUUAAGGAUUACGCGUUCGUGCAUUUCGUCGAGAGAGAACCGGCGAUUAAGUGUGGUGCAUGGGGCAGUGGUGGAGGUUCGAUUCCGGGCAGGGGAGUAGAUUUUUGUGAGGCAAUGGAGGCACUCAACGGGACGGUAUUGGAGGGUAUUCCAAUAGAGAUAUCGUUAGCGAAGCCACAGAGCGAAAAGAAGAAGGUUGUGCGCGGUCGUGGGCGGGGGUUCGGUAGUGCGGCGCGGUCGACCGGUAUGGGUGGUGGUCAGUUCUCGGAUUACGGC